AUGCCAGAGCGGCACGGGGGCGGGUCAGGCCUGGCGCGGUGCUGCUGUCUUGCCUCAGAAGAGUCUGAGGUCUCUUUAUCGUUCCCCCCCUCCCCAGAGAGGAGCAACCUGGCCGGCGUGCGGCACAUCCUGCUGGUGCUCUCUGGGAAGGGCGGCGUGGGGAAGAGCACCAUCUCCACCGAGCUGGCUCUGUCGCUGCGGCACUCCGGGAAGAAGGUGGGUAUCCUAGAUGUGGACCUGUGCGGGCCCAGCAUACCCCGCAUGUUCGGGAUGCAGGACAGCGACGUGCACCAGUGCGACAGCGGCUGGGUCCCGGUCUUUGUGGACCAAGACAAGAGCAUCUCCCUCAUGUCCAUCGGCUUCCUGCUGGAGAGGCCGGAUGAUGCCGUGGUGUGGAGAGGACCCAAGAAAAACGCUUUGAUCAAACAAUUUGUUGCUGAUGUGGCCUGGGGGGACCUGGACUUCCUCAUCGUGGACACACCACCAGGCACGUCUGACGAGCACAUCUCCACGGUGGAGGCCUUGCGGCCCUACAAGCCCCUUGGAGCAGUCCUGGUCACAACACCCCAGGCCGUGUCCGUGGGGGACGUGAGGCGAGAGCUGACGUUCUGUAAGAAGACGGGCCUGCGGGUCCUCGGCAUCGUGGAGAACAUGAGCGGCUUUGUGUGCCCACACUGCUCGGAGUGCACGAACAUCUUUUCCAAAGGGGGAGGUGAGGAGCUGGCCAAAUACGCUGGGGUCCCCUUCCUGGGCUGUGUUCCCCUGGACCCCCAACUCAGCCAGAGCUUGGAAGAAGGCAGGGACUUCAUCCAAGAGUUUCCCAAGAGCUCUGCCUUCCCUGCCUUGGCUCACAUCGCCCAGCAGAUCUUGGAUGGGACGUCGCAGCAGAGCCCCUAAGGAGGGUGCGGAGCUGGACUCUUGCUGGCUGAGCCCCCGGCCAGGCAGCCCCACCAGGAGCACGUGCCGGCGGGGAAGGGCGAUGCAGAAGCUGUUUAACUC